AUGGAAAAAUACUUUAGAAAUAAGGACAUUAAUUUUUCAUACUGUUCUGAAAAUGCAACUAUUUGCAAUAGCACACAUGGUUUGGUGCCUCUUGACAAUUUUAACCAGAUACUAAACUCCGUUUUGAGCAUUGUUCUUACUGUAUUGCUGGCUCUGGUUAUGUUCUCUAUGGGCUGCACUGUAGAAGCUCCAAAGUUGUGGAAACAUAUAAAAAAGCCAUGGGGUAUAUGUGUGGGCAUUCUUUGUCAGUUUGGCAUCAUGCCCCUGACAGCCUUUUUGCUCUCAAUCUUUUUCCAAAUCCACCCUAUCCAAGCUGUUGCUGUGCUAAUUAUGGGAUGUUGUCCAGGAGGAACUGGCUCAAACAUCUUGGCUUACUGGGUUGAAGGUGAUAUGGAUCUCAGCAUUAGCAUGACGACAUGUUCAACUCUUGUAGGGAUGGGAAUGAUGCCGCUGUGCCUUUUUAUUUACACCCGUGUGUGGGUCGAAUCAGACCUAAUUAAAAUUCCUUACAACAGCAUAGGUAUCACUUUGGUAACAUUAUUGGUCCCGGUUGCAAUUGGAAUCUUUGUUAAUUACAAGUGGCCUAAGCAAGCAAAAAUUAUUCUAAAGAUUGGUUCCAUUGUAGGGGGAAUCCUGAUCAUCCUUAUAGCUGUUGCUGGGGGAGUGCUGUAUAAGGGAUCUUGGGAUACUGAUCCACGACUAUGGAUCAUCGGUGCAAUAUUUCCAGUCAUUGGGUAUAUUUUAGGGUUUAUUCUUGCUUGCAUAGCUGGCCUGCCAUGGUACAGGUGUCGAACAGUAUGUCUGGAAACUGGCUGCCAGAAUACACAGCUGUGCACCACUAUAGUUCAGCUGUCCUUCACACAACAGCAGCUUGCUCUAAUGUUUACCUUCCCACUCAUUUACAGCAUUUUCCAGAUUGUGUUUGCAGUCAUUUUGGUACUCAUUUAUCAGCUGUACAAACGGCAUUGUAGUAAAAAGGAUCCCAAAGAAACUGAAAAGGAUGGUAAUGAUGAGAAAAUGGAGUCAGCGUACUCUAUAACAAAUGGUGGAUUCACUGCAUCAUUUACAGACCCUUUGUCUGAAGUUAACAGUAAACUUUAA